GUCGAUAUGGCUUCAAAUGAAAAAUUAUUGGAAGCCACUGCUUCAGCGAUAUGCCGUGAGGAUACUUUUAAUGGUUCCCAUAUAUUCGGUAUCGUCUUGGGUGAGCAUAAUUUCGUUGACCGCACCUGCUUUCGUAGUUCCGAUCCGCGAUAUAUAUGAGGCAUUUACGAUAUAUACAUUUUUUCAACUCCUUAUCAAUUGUCUUGGUGGAGAACGUGCUCUCAUAGUGAUGACACACGGGCGUGCACCAGUGCAGCAUGCUUGGCCUCUCAAUCACUGUCUUGCGAAAGUCGAUAUUUCGGAUCCCCAUACCUUCCUUACGAUGAAACGUGGUAUUCUCCAAUACGCGUGGCUAAAACCUAUUCUUGCUUUAGCAUCUAUCAUAAUGAAGGCUACUGGAACAUACCAAGAAGGCUAUCUUGGAAUUUCUUCAGGUUAUCUGUGGAUAGGAAUUAUAUUCAAUCUUAGCGUUACAAUCAGUCUUUACUCAUUGGCAAUGUUUUGGGUGUGUAUGCACGAUGACCUAAAACCAUUUCGUCCGGUUCCUAAAUUUCUUUGCGUCAAACUCAUUAUCUUUGCCUCCUAUUGGCAAGGAUUCUUCCUCUCGAUCCUACAAUGGCUUGGAGCCUUACCAAACGGGGUUGCAGGAUACACCUCCAACAACCUUGCUGCAGCAAUCCAGGACAGCUUGAUCUGUUUCGAGAUGCCCAUCUUUGCUCUCACCCACUGGUAUGCCUUCUCCUGGCAUGAUUAUGCCGAUCCAUCUGUGUCCGCCGCACGGAUGCCUGUCAAAUACGCCAUUCGGGAUGCUUUUGGAAUCCGAGAUCUUAUCGAAGAUACCAAAGAGACCUUCCGCGGAGAAAAAUAUCAAUAUAGGCAAUUUGACUCCGGUGACAAUGUAAUGGCGCAUGAGGAAUCCGACUCUCGCUUAGCCAGAGUGAUGGCUGGUAUGAGAUAUGAAAGGGGCGGGAAGGCUAAAUAUUGGAUCCCCAAACCCGGAGGAGCAACCAGCCGGACGCCGCUCUUAGGUUCGGUUAGCCGGAGGGGUUCUCAGAGGAGAUUUGCAAGAGGUAGUGCAAGUGAUGGAAGUUGUGCUAGCGAUGAUUCUGAGACAAUUACACUCGAUGAAGAAGACGAAAGGCUCUUCGAAAAUGCGAGGGCUUUGGAGUUUGGGGAUUAUAACUAUCCUGUGAUAACAGCAAAUGAAGUGCCACCCGAACUUCGACUACAGAGGCGGCCGAGGCUCUCUGUAUCAACCCCUCAUCGAAGAAACAGAUAUAUUCAUGCCAAUAACGAAGCAACAGAGAGUUCAUCAAGCCGAAGAUCGAAUCGCAGAUCGAAACGACCAGAUGCUAAUGGAAUCAAGCAACAUCGCAGCUCUAGUUUCUCCACCCAAUCCCGUUUGAGACAAAACCAACUGCUUGAUGUCGUGGAUGAUGUUGGAGUAGCUGAACAGGAGCGGGAGGAUGCAUGUGAACAAUGUGAACAAGGGCAGGGAAACAUAGCUGAUGAAUCGUGUUUAGUUGGCCACUCGGUAAAUACAAGUAACCGACUAGAAAGCAACGAAGGCAGGAGCGUCAUCGAACAUCCUAUGGAACAAGGCAGCUCGGCCGACGGGGAUAACAAGGCAGAUGCUGACAGCACAGGAAGAAAGAUGGCAUACGGGUCAUUCAAUGAGGAACGCGAUGCUUGGAGUAGAUGA